ACCUGUUCGGCUGUGUUUUAAAUAUCAAAUAACUCGGGUUGAAUGAAGCGAGAAUUUGUUUACCUGUGUGCAUCAUCUAGUUGGUGGGAGACGCCCACUGUGGGAAAUAAACCUACAUUAUACAUAUCUUUAUCAAAUCCUCUAUUCAAGCUUGCAUGGAUUAUGAACUAGGUUAAAAUCAAUAAAAUCUGGACUGACACGAUUGAAAAUGCUGUAAUAAGCGGAAUAUGCUCGUCGUGUGUUGUACAGUGGAUGUUUAUUAAAUAAAUGUCGGCAUUUGGACUGUUAUUUGUUUAGAGAGAGAAGUCUGCUAUUACCAGCAAGAUGUCGUCAAUGAUCACAGUAGGGAACGAGACGGUGGACCUUAAUGAGUAUUUUUGCUCUGACAAGGGACUACUUCUGCCUUUGGUUAGCGAGUACACAUGGCCUAUAGGCGGACGUGCAUUUAUCUAUUUGCUUGGUUUACUCUGGAUUUUCAUGGCUGUGGCCAUUAUUGCAGAUGUUUUCAUGUGUUCCAUAGAGCGUAUCACAAGCAAGACGACAACGAUACGAAUUGCUGAUUCGGAAGCGGAAGGUGGUUACCAGGAGAUGGAGGUGAAGGUAUGGAACAAUACAGUGGCAAAUCUCAGCUUGCUUGCCCUGGGUACCAGUGCACCAGAAAUACUUCUGUCCAUCAUAGAAACUGUAGGAAAUGGAUUCAAGGCGGGAGAUCUGGGCCCCGGUACAAUUGUAGGCUCAGCAGCAUUUAAUCUGCUAGUCAUCUCCGGGAUCUGUGUUAUGUCAAUUCCGUCGCCAGAUACACGACGUGUCGCGGAGAUCAAGGUGUUCUUCGUGACAGGGUUUACCUGUAUUUUUGCCUAUGUUUGGAUGGCAAUAGUACUGAUGGUGUCUUCCCCUAAUGUUGUUGAUAUAUGGGAGGGCGUAGUCACCUUAGUUUUCUUCCCCGUCCUCAUCUUGGUGUCUUACCUCGCUGACAGAAACUUUUGCAUGGGCAAAAAAGAAGAACAACCACAAGGCAUGGUCGGAUUCGCUCUUGGAAAGGCCGAGCCGUCGUCAGGUUUGUUAAAGAGUGAAACAAGCGAUCGUGGUCGCAAGUACCAAACCAUGAGCGAUGAGGGCGACCAGCAGCCAGAGACCACGGGUGACAAGGAGGAAGAUCUCAGGCGGCUUGCAAGGAAACUGGGUCGUGAGGUUCGUGAUGGAGAUAUACCGGAAGAUGAAGCUGCCAAGAUGGCAAUUGCCAGAAUGAAUGAAGACCAGUCUCAUGAUAGAGGAUGGUACCGGAUCAAUGCAACACGCAUGCUCACUGGCGGCCGGAAACUCAUUCCGCGCGUCAUGACCACUUUUCAAGACAUUUACGACAAUACAAAGUUGUCGGCAGAAGAACGCGCAGAAAAAGAUUCCUCAGUAAGGUCCAAGGAUCACACAGCCGGCGGCACAAAAGCUGUUGUAGAGUUCACGGCGGCGGCUGUCAGCGUUCUAGAAAACGAAGGAAAAGUCAGGAUUGGUAUCCGACGAUACGGAAAAAAAGACAUUCCGUGUUCCGUUAUGGUUGAAACAAUUAACGGAACUGCACUGGCUGGGGAGGAUUAUAAGGCGUUCAAAGAGGUUGUAAAGUUUGCGAAAGAAGAGGAAUUACGUCAAAUAUACAUCGAGAUUGUCGAUGACUUUGAGUGGGAACCCGAUGAGUUUUUCUUUGUCAAACUCUCAAUUCCUGAACAAGAGGACGGAAGCCACGAGCAUAUCGCAUUGGGAAACGUGUGCAUUAACCAAGUCACAAUCAUCAACGACGACGAACCUGGAAAACUCGAAUUCGCGAAGCCAAGUUUGGUUGUCAAGGAGAGCUUUUAUAGUGCGAGAAUUACCGUGAACCGCGUGAACGGAUGUGACGGUCACGUGAGCGUUAAAUGGAAGACAACGGAUAUAACAGCAAAAGAAGGCAAAGAUUUCAAGGGAAAAGAAGGAGUGCUAUUGUUCGACAACCAAGAAAUAACAAAAACUAUCGAUAUCCCUCUGUUUGAAAGCAAUAAGAAAGAACGGGACGAGUGUUUUGCUAUUGAACUUGGAGAAUGUGACGGUGGGGCAGAGCUAGGAAAGAUCAAGAAAACAAUUGUUACUAUCGUCAACGAUGACGAGUUUAAUGGGAUCGUGAGUCGUCUGCUUAACAUGACAAAAGCUAAUGUCGGUGCCAUGGCGCUAACGUCUCAUAGAUGGGUAGACCAGUUCAAGGACGCGAUGAAUGUUAACGGAGGUGACCUUGAAACUGCAACCUUCUUAGACUAUGUUCUUCAUUUCCUAACCUUUGGAUGGAAAUUGAUAUUUGCGUUUGUUCCACCAGCAAAAUAUCUAGGUGGCUGGCCAUGCUUUCUGCUGUCUCUGGCUGUUAUCGGACUUCUUACAACCAUUAUCAAUGAUUUGGCGGGAACAUUUGGAUGUUUGAUUGGCCUGGAAGACGCUAUAACCGCUAUCACAUUCGUUGCCUUGGGAACCAGUAUGCCGGACACGUUUGCCAGUAAGACUGCAGCUCUGAUGGAGAAGACAGCAGACAGUUCAGUAGGAAAUAUAAACGGAAGUAACUCUGUGAAUGUCUUCCUCGGUCUUGGACUACCGUGGACAAUUGCCAGUAUAUACUGGGCAGCAAAGGGCGGGCAGUUUGACUAUCCUGCCAAGUCGCUUGGUUUUAGUGUCGUCAUAUACAGUGUGUGCGCGUUCCUGGCUCUCAGUCUGCUUCUUGUACGACGUUACGUUCCAGCGCUUGGUCGUGCCGAGUUAGGAGGGCCGAAAAUACCCAAAAUUAUUUGUGGAAUAUUCCUCAUAUCAUUGUGGGUGAUUUAUAUCAUGUUAUCGGCAUUGCAAGUUAAAGGCAUCAUAAAAGUUAAUUUCUAAAUUUUAGAAACAAUUAAUUCUACAACAUUUAAUGCAAUAGACUGCAUUCUCUAAAAAUAUGGCUUCACGUAGUUUAACAUUUUGUUUUUAAGCAGCUACAGUCUUCCUUUCAUCACGAGAAACACAUUCCCGCCUCGAGCAUAUACUACAUAAGAAGUUAGAAUGUUGAAUAUAUGAAAGGUUAUAGAUGAUUCUUGUAGAAUAGAGUAGUGUGAAGUAAGUGAAUACCAGUAAUAACAGUGACACAGUGACGUCACGUCUUGCCAACUGGUACACUGUCAGUGUAGGAAUACAGUGUUAAGGGAAGUAGGCUACAAUUACACGAUUUAUAAAGACUCCAUGACCGAUUUGAAUUCUAUGUAGAAACACUAUCUCAAUACCAGAUUCAUAAAACCAUGUAUGUAAAAAGUGGUUGCAAAACAAGUUUGCUAGUAACUUUAUGAAAAUAAAUAUAUUGUGCAUAACUGCAAUACAUUUUUUACGCGUAUACAUGAUUUAGGAAUUUUAAUUGAGAUUUUACCGGUAACUCAUAUGUAUAUUAGACAUGUAUGUAAUUUAUUACAUAGAACUUUAUCAUUACCCUGCGUUCACUAUCUGCAACCUCUGUAUCAGUAUAAUACAUGUAAGCGCUUUAUGGUUGUAAAUGUUUAUCAUUUGUAUUUUAUUUUUUAUUCUUAAUAAAACAUUUUACUAAGGUAAUA